GGAGGAAAAGGGAAAAAUAGGAAAAUCCUGUCUGUGUUGCUAAAGCUGUUUACGUCCUAGGUUGCUGAAGACAAGGAGGGGCUGUGACUGAGAUGAGAGCGCUGCUGUAGCUGGGUCCAGUUCUAAGGAUGCCGGGGUGGAAGUGAGGUUCUAUAGCGGUUCCACAGCAGUUCCACAGCACCACCAGGCAGGAACCAACGCUGGGAUGCAGAACCUACGACAAGCAGCCACUGAGGCUUUCCAUCGCCUGGGUCUGAAGCAAAGACAGCUGGGAUAUGAGGAGUUGGAUGAGACAGACCCGUCCUACUCCAAGCCCCAGCCUCACUGGUUCCACACGCUGCAGGUCCGCAGGCUGACGGUCCAGAGAGGACGCAGCAACAGUGACCCUAUGGGAGGAAAGAGUUUCGAUCAGGACUUCCAAUGGAAAACAGGCCUAGAGUUUGGCACAGCUAACUCCUACCUGAACCUGGAGAAGAUAGGGGAGGGGACAUACGCUACAGUCUACAAGGGAAUCAGCCGGAUAAACGGGCACCUGGUGGCCUUGAAGGUGAUCCGUAUGAAGACUGAAGAAGGCGUGCCAUUCACUGCCAUCCGAGAGGCUUCACUCCUGAAAGGCCUGAAACACGCCAACAUUGUCCUGCUCCAUGACAUCAUCCACACCAAAGAGGCACUCACAUUUGUCUUUGAGUACGUACAAACAGACUUGGCUGAGUAUAUGAAGCAGCACCCAGGGGGCCUGCAUUCCUACAAUGUCAGGAUCUUCAUGUUCCAGCUGCUGCGGGGUCUGUCCUACAUCCACGGUCGGAGGAUCCUGCACCGGGACCUCAAACCCCAGAACCUGCUCAUCAGCUACCUGGGGGAGCUCAAACUGGCCGACUUCGGGCUGGCCCGGUCCAAGUCCAUCCCGUGCCAGACAUAUUCGUCUGAGGUGGUGACUCUGUGGUAUCGACCUCCUGAUGUCCUCCUGGGUUCCACUGAUUACUCCACUGCUCUGGACAUCUGGGGAGCUGGUUGCAUCUUCAUUGAGAUGCUCCAGGGGACGCCAGCCUUUCCAGGGGUGGCAGACGUCUUUGAGCAGCUGCAGAAAAUAUGGGCUGUCGUAGGGGUCCCGACUGAGGAGUCGUGGCCAGGAGUGAACGAGCUGCCCAACUUCAGACCAGAAUGGUUUCAACCAUGUGAGCCCCAGCAAUUCAGGAAUGUUUGGAAAAGACUGUCCAAGUUGCCCUACAAGACAGAGGACCUGGCCCAGCAGAUUCUGAUCACCAUCCCACGAGACCGCAUCUCGGCCCAGGAUGCACUGCAGCACCCCUAUUUCAACACGCUACCGCCCCCCAUCAUGCAGCUACGAGACACUGUAUCAGUCUUCAAGGUCCCCGGAGUGAGGCUGGAGACAGAGGUGAAGGAUAUCUUCAGUCCCAGUCGAAGGAUCAGACCGUCCCAGCUGGUGCCCUUGGCUAAGUGCUGGUGAUAAUGGACCUCUAACCCCCUAACCCCAGGCCCCUAGCCCUGCCUGCAGGCUAGACCACCAUCUGAUCAAGAUGGAGAGGCAUGAGGCUUCACACACACACACACACAACACUUACCUACACCACCAGCGUCCUCCACCAACCUCUGCUCUUGACUCCACCCAGCAUUCCUCAGUCAGAGUUCCCAUGUUGUAAGAAGACAGGAGAGAAGAGGGAGGGGUUGAAUGGUACCUGGUAUAUCACAUAUUAGAUGACGUCAGAAGUACUGUAUGUACUGUAUAUACUCUCUAUCUGAGACCCGACGUCUGUUGUUGGUGGCAACGGAAAGCUACGCAACGUCUACGAUAACUGUCAGGAAGCUCAGAACUCCUUAACAUCUUCCUCCUGCUAAACCACCUCCUCCUGCUUCCUCCCUCCUCCCUCUCCUUCUCAGAGCGUCUCCCUGGACUCACUAUCCUCUCUCUGCCUCCUCCUAAAUGUACACUGAGAUUCAAUGAUGAUGAUGGGUUUGUUUUGCAGAUGAGUGUUUUAUUUUGUACUGCCAAAACAUGCAUAUAUUAUAUACCUCUUAUAUUAAUCAGGUCCUUGUGAACCAUGAUUGUUCUUUUGCACAGCAUGCAGGUGGGUAUCCCUGCAACAGAAUGACUGUGACGGCUGUGUGUA